GUCCGAUCUUGAUAAAGUCUAGGCCUCUCUAUAAAUACUGAAAUUUAUAAAGCUAAUACAGUACAAUAACAAGCACUAUUCCCUCUAAUCCUCAAACUUAGCAGGCAAUACUCAUUAAGGUACAAAGUAAGCACAAGAAAUUAUGACGGAUUUGAUCACAGCCGAAGAAGUGCCCUUGGUGAAUCCGGAGGCUGAUUACGAGAGUUUGAAAGCGGAGUUGGAUGCCAAGGUGAACGGCGAGGAUAAUGUAGGGUUAAGUGCUGAUCAAGUGUUAUUGAACACACAAUUCUUAAACCUUUGCAAGGACAAAAUACAAAGAAUUGAUAGGCAUUUUUGGUCUGGCUCUGUGGUCACUGAUCGCCCGACUCUUAGUAGCGGCUAUUACACCGUUCUUACCCAGAAAGGCACCAAGCCUGAAGGCGUCAAAUGGGGCCAAGUCUGGGCUAAUGGUGCCGCUGAUGACACCACUGCUCGUAAGUGGAUUGUGGCUUUUGAUACUGCUGCUGGCAAGGCUUAUGCUGAAGCAGGACCAAUGGGUCCAGUUGAUUGGAACGUAGUUGAAGUGAAACUGGGUAUGUCCGGAAGCAAAACCGAGCACACUGACCCCAUCCUUGGAGGUAACGUACUUGCUACGAUUGAUGGUCUCAAGGCAUAUGCACAUUUCCGCUGAAUGUUAGAGCUUGCUGAGAUAUAAUGAAAUCUAUCUACUAUGGAAUAAUAUGUGUUGCACUACGAAUUUAAUUUGAUGUAUUGCGUUAGCUGCCAAUCAUGAACUAGCUUCCUUGUUACUUUCCUUUUUACUUCAAGUACUCUUGUGUAACAAAUAAUUAUGAUGCUUCUAUGCAUCUAAAUUCCAAAUGAUUAAUGCGUAAUUGUAAGUG